GUGCGGCGGCGGCGGCGGGCGGAGCGGAGCGGAGCGGGGCCGCCGCUGUAGCUGUGCCCGGCUUCCCGAUGGGGACGGACGGCGCUCGCGCCCUGCUGGAGCGGGCGGGCACCCUCACGCUGCAGACUGGCAAUCUCCUCAACUGGGGCUGCCUGCGCAAGAAGUGCCCGGCCACCCCCGGCGAGGAGGUGCGGGACUGCAUUCAGAAAACGCUGACCGAAUGGAGCUCAAAGGUUGGACAGGACCUAAAUCAGGAAAUACUGGAGGUUCUGGAAUGUACUGUAGCUCAAGCUAUAGAAAAAAUAAACCCUGAAGAAAGGGAUGAGUUGAAAGUGUCAGCAAAACUUUUCAUUGUUGGAUCAAACUCUUCAUCAAUCAGAGAUGCAAUUGACCUGGCGUGUUCUGCCCUCGGUGUGGCUCAGUUAGACUCAGUCAUUAUUGCCCCACCUCCUGUUGAAGAUGGAACUAGCUUCUCCUUGGAGUAUUUGCAGCCUUAUUGGCAAGAACUUGAAAAUCUAGUUCAAAACAACAAGAUUGUUGCCAUAGGUACCUCUGACCUAGAUAAAACACUGUUAGAACAGCUGUAUCUCUGGGCACAGGUAAAACCGAGUAGUAAUCAGGUGAACCUAGCUUCCUGUUGUGUGAUGCCACCUGAUCUCACAGCAUUUGCAAAACAGUUUGACAUACAACUGUUAACUCACAAUGACCCAAAAGAAUUACUUUGUGAAGCAAGUUUCCAAGAAGUUCUUCAGGAAAGCAUCCAGGACAUGAAAGCACACGAAUGGAUUCCUUUAUGGCUCCUCCGGUAUUCCGUCAUUGUUAAAAGCAGAGGAAUUAUCAAGUCCAAAGGCUAUAUCAUGCAAGCUAAAAGGAAUUCCUUUUAAAACACUUAUUUUCUUUAAUGGCUUACUGUUUUAGUUCCUUGGGGAUGGGGGAAACAUUGCUUUUUUUCAUAGAAACACUUUUACACCAUUUGUAACAAAGACCAAAAGUUGUAAUUACUCAGUGUAAUGUCAGCAGGAGUGUCUACAGUGCUCUAACGCUAUUUUUCUUACUUAACCUAUUGACCAGUUAAUUGAAAAGAUGAAAUAUUUGGGUUUAGUUUGAAUUACUAAUAGCGAAAGUUUAAAAUACUUUUUAUGACCAGUUCACUGUAAAAUUAUCAUUAUAUUGUAGCUGCCAUUAGGUAGUAGAGAGAAACUUAUAUAUUUUUAUUUAAAAAGAAUUAAUUUCUCUUAAAUAAGAGUUACUUGCCUGGUAGGUACAUGGAUUUCAAGCAUUCAAGGACUGAUUUUUAUAGAAAAUCAUAAUCUUUUAUGUAAAAUUACCCAGAAAAAUGCAACUGGUAUCUCAUGACUUGGUAUGUAUAUAUAGGCAAGUCAGCUGUUUAAUUUGGGUGGUGGGAAAACUGCUUUAUUUUUAAUAGAGUGUAAAAGGCCUUCCUGACUUAGGAAGAAUGCAUCUUCCCCGUUACUUUGUCUGUUACUUGAAUUCCUUCUGGCUGCUCUGUGCCUCAGUGUGCUUUGUUUAGAGUUUGCACAUGUGUUGGCAUCUUUGCUGUUUGAAACAGAAAAAUGUAUUGUUGUGUGAGUGUUUCAAAUAAGCAUUGCAAACAAGCGAUGACAAAAUCUGUUAAUCAGAAACUGAAUUGUGCCUGUCUUCUCACCGUGGCUUCUGUGUUUGACACUUGUGAACUCCACAAUCAGGAUGGGCCAAGUCAGAACAGCAAAGGCUGAAGCUGUUCACGGUAGGAUUGCUAAAGGACUUCUUCUGAGGCUGCCCAGGAAACUUUGUUGCUGGAGUGACAUUCAAGAGUGAUGCAAGCAAGGAUUAGCUUGAAGUUAGGUAUAUUUCUGGGGCAGUAGCUUAGCAAACUGGCUUUUGAAUCCUAGACAGAUUGCUGCAGCUAAGGCAAGGCUUCUUGUUUAAUGUAGUCUUUCCAUCGGAAAGGUGUUUGAAUCAGAAUAGGUAGCAAAAGCUCAACUUGUAAUUCAGCAGGAGCUUGAAACUGAGUGUCUAAAAUACUGAUUUUUCCUUUUGAUUUCAGGCACGAGCAGGACUUCAUAUGAGUAGUACUAAUUAACUUAGUUGUAUAUAUUCUGAGACUGGGGCUCUAAAGGGAAUGAAUUUUCACUAACAUCUUUCCAAUUGUCAUGUAGGCAGCUAGUGGUGUUUGAAUGCCUGUAGGUAGUGUUUAGAGUGUCAGCUUCCUAUAAUCCAUUCCACUAAGGUAAAAGCUUAAUAUUCGAGGUAAGUUUUGAGUCCUAAAUAGCUGGAGGUGGCAAAUAUGGGGAAAUUUUCCUGGACUUCUUCAGGUCUUACGAUCAAUGGGACAGAUGGGGAACUGGAACUAAUAAUGCGUCAAUAAACAUUUGGGUUGGGUUGGUUGGUUUCUUAAUCCUAACCAAAAUGUGGUCUUUUUAAAAUGCUGGGUCACUUUAUCUCAAAUACGUGUCAUUUAAACUUCUCUGCCAGCUUUGAGUUGUGUGCUGCUGCUAGCCACUACCUGUACCUUCUGCCUCUGUUUGGCUGCUGACAUUGGAUAUUGUAUUGCUUGCGUGUGUGCUCAGUUUUAUAAAUGGAGAUGCUACAAACCAAGAAUUGUGCUCAAACGUGUAGGCUGCACUAAUGGGGUAAUUAUUUAUUUCCUUUUUGUAAACUGGUGACAGUUUGCUUGUGUAGAAAAGCACCCUUUGAGACAUGGUGAUUCUAAGAGAUUAUUUUUUGGGAGCUGCUGACAGCAUAACAUUUAUCAGGUUAUUUCAUUAACUUGUUUUGCAUCAAAGAGAUGGGAUUUCUUUCAGUAACGUGAAAGUUUGAAUUAAAAGUUGAAAUUCUCGUAGGCGUUUA